AAGUCCCUGGGUUCAGUAGCAGAGAUUUGGUUGAUCGAAAUCACUGCCUACCAUACCAAACAUGGGAAGAGGUUGGUGACAUCACACAUUAGAGGUACAGGUACGUAUGACAGUUGGUGGGUGAAAGGGAAGCUCUGCUGUCUCACCACAGAGCCCAUCCUUGAAUAGCUACACAACAUGCUGUAUGUGAGGGCUUUACCUUGGGGACACCGGGGACAACCUUACCAAACUUACUGUCACAAAUGGAGUACAUACAGUAUGUAUGUAUGCCAUGCAGGCAGUCAGGAACCUACAGCUAUUGGUGAUCCUGGAAUAGGUGAUCAUGGAAUAAGUCCCAAAACACCGCGGCUAAAAGAAAGUUGACACGAACAGCCAGCAAAAUA